GCGAGUAGCAUCGACGGCAUCGACAGCAUAAACGGUGGGCUCAAAGUCAGCCGUACCGUAACAUGACAUGGAGUUUUCAUUGGUAAACGGGGAAAUUGCAGCGCAGUCGAGUCCCACUUCGUAUGGAAAAAUGGUCGAUGCGUCGUUCUACAGCAGUGUCAUUUGCAGUGUGUUCUUCUCCGAGCAAAAUUCUUACCUGAGGUACCCGCAUACGUAACCAAGCGAACUGUUCCAGUCAUGCCUCGGAAGAAGCGCGUCCUGCAACGAUCUGCAGGUGAUGCUGCGGCUAGCACGAGCGGCCUUUACAGACCGGAUGAGUUCCAAGCACUUGGCGAUGCCAUUAUGCCCGAUGGAAUCAUUCGUAACAAUUUUGCCAUCGGCGAAGAUAUCCAUCCUGCGGAGUGUCUUCGCAACAUUCAGGAAAUGUUCGAGGGCAAGCUUGACGCUGAUGUCAUACACAUGGUGCUCACCGAAUGCGAGUUCAAUGUGAACAAUGCCUUGGAAGCCCUCUUCACACUGCUGCCACAAGACUCGAGUGCUAGUGCGGCGAGUAUCGUCCAGCCGACACAGCCAAGCAACUUGUCUUCAUCUUCUAGCAGCGAGAGUAUUGGUGCUGGAGAAAACAUUGUCACCUCUGAAGCAGAGGUUCACAAGUCUAGUGAGGAGAGUGAGCAUGAAAGCUCCCUGGCUGUCGACCUAAAUGCACGUGCAUCGUCAGACUUGGCACUCUAUGUGAAUGCUCCACCUUUUGUUCCGAACCUGUGCCCAUCUGCCACCACGGAAACUCAGCGUGCUGAUGUGUUGGAAGAGCAAGCUUCACUUCCUCCACUAAUGUGGAGUCAGCUGACAGGGCCUGGAUGCCAACUAGGCUUUAACAUCACUCCCUCUUUAAGUCACAACAAGCCUAAAGUAUUGUCUGCUUCUGCAAAAGAACUUCAGAAGAUCCGCAGCUUGGUGGACAGUGGUCAGUGCGUGCUGGUGCUGAUGAGAGGCCUUCCGGGCAGUGGCAAGACAACUCUAGCCCAGAAGAUAUGUGGCCGUGGUGUAGUCUUGAGUGCAGACCACUUUUUUUGUCAAGGUGGCAGGUAUAACUUUGAUAAGUCAAGAUUGUCAGAGGCACAUGAAUGGAAUAAGAGAAGGGCAAGGAAGUUUAUUCAGGAAGGUCGCUCACCAAUUAUAAUAGAUAACACUAAUGUGGAAAUGUGGGAAAUGAUGCCUUAUGUGGCACUUGCAUUAAGGGCAACAUAUCAUGUGUGUGUUUUAGAGCCAGAUACUCCUUGGAAAUUUGAUUCUAGGGAGUUGACACAAAAGAAUAUGCAUGGGGUUCCAAAACGAACUAUAGACUCCAUGUUGGAACGAUAUGAUCGUAACAUUACAGGAGAAUCGUUGUGUCAAAGCUUCGGGCUUUUUCCUAAAAGCUCCAAUUUAUCAGUUUUGCCUAGUUGUACACCGUUGGAGAUAGAAGAAACCAGUGUUAGUGACUCCUCUAAUCUCCUUGAUAAGACGCUAUUAGAGCCACCGCUUGAAGCACCUCAAAACCCAAGCACAUCAUCAUCUGAAAAAACUUCCACAGCAGCCCCUGAAGAAACUAUAAGCUUGGGAGAUCUCAUCGCUCUUGUUCAAAAUGACAGUGAAGAGUCUGGAAGCAGGAGCCGUCAGAACUCAGAUUCUUGGUCAUCUGGUCAUGACGGCAACGACUCGGAGGAUGGGACAGAACGUGAUGAUGACUUUCUUUGGGCUUCCCGUAGAGCACCGGCACAAGCAGAUGUUGCAGUAAAUGAAACCAUACUUGAAGAGAGUGAUGCCUCAGAACAAGAGAAUGGUACCAGGCUUGAAACUGAAUUAGAGGAGGUAAAAACAGAACCAGAAUCUGGAGCUAUGUUAGUGGAAGCUGUGACAGAAGCUUGGCCAGAUAUCAUUGAAAGUAAGGAAAGUGUUGAUGACACACCAAAGCCACCGAGAGAGUCACCAAGGCACCAUGGGGGCUCUACUAGGGUGGAUAACACUCCUGUGAUUGAAAAGCUUGCAGAUUUCACUGUUCCAUGGGAAGACUUGCCUGAAGGGGAAACACAGGGCCCUGUUACAAAGACUCCAAAAGAACAGAGGUCCCAGAAAGGUAAGGGUAGUCCCAAGAGGUCAAGCGAGAAGAAGGCAGACUCUAGUCCUGAAAAGGAAGCCCCACACACUGUUCCCAAAGUGGCUGAGACGUCAAAGCAAAAACAUUUUUCAGUUCGUGGUCCCAUAUUCGGGCUGGAGAAGGUCGUCCGCAGCAGUACCUGGACUUUUCCUGAAUUCAGUGUCUUUGAGUCCACCCAACCAGAAACUGAAGUGAAAAACAGUGCUCACAUUUACAAGGAUGCCUCAAGUUAUACUGACCCCACAGAUUUUACAGUAGUGGGGAAAGUGCUGCUUGGUGAAUCUGAUGAGCUACGUGUUGUGGAGCCCAGAGACCCUGCAGAGAGGCUGGAUCAGGAGCACAUACACCUUGCUCCUGCUUAUAAGGCAAACACACUUGCUCGGAGUACAGACACCGAUGACCUUCCUACAGAUGACUUAGAUGAUGAAGGUAAGCUGCUGCUGCUCCAGCAGUGCAUGCCGGGUGUAAGGCCUCCAGAUCUGGAGGACAUAUUCCAGCACUGUCACAGAGAUCAUGUGUGGGCAGCUGAUCUUUUGUUGGACUCUGAUGUUUCUUGUGACCUUCAGCCACUUGUUAUUAGUGAAGACUGUGAUGCAGCAGACACCACUGGUGGUCUGAAGUCAGCAAACCAACAGCCUGAAGUUCACACUUCUGUAGUGCCAGCAGAAAAUGAAAGAAAGUGUGCAGAAUCAUCAGCUGACACCAUGCCUGCUGAUAAUAGGCUGAAGAAAAGUUCCUUGAAAACUUUUCUACCAAAGCCAGCGAGUGUUGACAGGGAGUUUACAUUUCAGCUUGACCACUCAUUUGCAUGUCAGCUUGUGGAAACAUUUGGUUGUGAAGGGCUGCAUGUAUCCAUCGAUGCUUUCCGAAGUGUUGACCUAAAUGUCACACUCACCAGCGAGAUUGCCAGGCAGCUACAUCAACUUUGGAUGGAUACUCUGAAGCAGAGAAUGUCAAAGGAAGAAGAAGAAAUGCUGGAGAUGGUCGCCGACUCUCAUGAAAAUGAACCACAACAUCUGCAAAUGGGAGGUGAGGGUUGUUCGAAGGAAAACGUGCCUGAAAUUCCAGGCAUUCCCCCUCCUGCAUUGCACGAUGAUCCACGCUGGAACAAAGCACCACAUGAAAUGAGCUUUCGUGAAAUCAUGGAAAUGGAAGCAGCCUUGGAAGAGAAAAGAAAAGAUUGGACAAAGAACAAUACUUACAUGGAUAUGGCAACCAAACUUAAGCUCAAGCAACUUUACGAGAAGUUCCCAGGUGUUGAUAGACAGGCACUGGACGAAAUCUUCGUAGCAAGCAAUUACUCGCUGAUCCAGUCCGUGUUGACUAUCAAUGAAACCCUGGGGGUGACUUCUGAAGAAGAAGAUAUGGAAAACUAUGAAAAGCAAAUUGUGGAUCUUGUCGGAAUGGAAAGCAUGCGAGAGGAUGAAGCAGACGACAACACGUGGCAGCCUGUUGUCGAGGGCCACGAAGACAUGUACGACAGGUUGCGGCUGGUAGGAGACUAUGACGUGAUUCGUCGAGAGGCCACUGUCCACUACCACAUGCGUCAAGAGUCGUUCCGCAAAGCCAAAGAGGCUUAUCACCGGGGCAUGAAGACAGUGGCUGCAUUCUACUCUCAGCAGGGUCGAGCAUAUGCAGAAAAGAUGAGAGAAGCAAAUGAACGUGCUUCAUGGAAAUUACUGCAGCUCAGCAACGCUCAAUGUGAUGACAACACUCUGGACCUGCACGGACUGCACGUGCAAGAGGCCAUUCAAGUACUGAAGAAUUAUGUGAAGCUCAAGAAACGAGAAUCUUGGUGCCUGCAGAAGAAACAGACGCUCAGGGUCAUCACAGGCAGAGGUGCACACAGCGCAUUGAACAUACCUAAAGUCAAGUUUGCUGUCGAAGGCUACCUUCUGAGCAGUCAGCUCAACUACAGGGAGGUGCAAGCUGGAAUGUUUCAUGUCAUGCUGUAGGAAAAAUCCAUGCGAGCUGAUUCCUUCGAACAUUGGCAAGGCGAAAAGCUGCUUCUUAAUUAUGAAAGCCUUUUUAUUACAGACACCAUUGCGGUGCAAACAUGAAAUUAAUUUUAGUUUAAUUAGUUUGAAAGAAUAUUUCAUUAUUUAUAAGAAAGAGCCUUUUGGCGUUACUGUAACCUGUUUUGCUCAAUUAUCUAGCCAUCGCAUAAUGAACUGAUUGUAGAUUAUUGUCUAAACCAUGUUCAAAGCUGAUUUAUGUUUGAUAUUUGUACAGCACAGCGAAUAUUGUCCUUCAGCGUCCCCACCUCACACCUGUCUACCCCCCCCCCCUUUUUUUUUUGUUUUGUGCGCAUACUGUUGUGGGUAAAAAUGUGACGUAGUUAGCACCUGCUGAUGGCUCCUGUGUGGUUGUGUAUAUGGUAAUUAAUUGUGGCAGUUAGCACGUAUUGUUGUGGGAUGUGGCACGUUGUACUUUCCAUUGUUGGAUGCAGAAAUUGUGGACAGAUCGUGAAAGGCCAGACCUUUCUCUGAGUCAGGGAGACGAGAACUCAUUUGCGAGUGCUUAUGUAAAACCAGAGCGCACAUUUUAUAAAUGCUGAUCUCACCUCCUUGUACAAUAUGUAAAUAAGUUUUUAAACACACUAUUUCAAUGUUAAGAAUAGUGUUUUAUUACAGCAGGUGCUUGGUAGCCUAGUAGUUGUGAACUUGACAUGGCGACUCUAUGUGUUGGAGUUAGUGUUCCUGUUUGUGGUCCAGUAUCUGUGGCACUAGAGAUCAGCAGGGAGAAAAAAAAAAAUAGGAAUGGCAUUGACCAGUGCGUGAGGUUAUGAAUGUGAAAUACUGUGUGCAAAUGCACAUUCGUGGAGUAGUGACAAAGGCAGUGUGUGUCUUGAUAAGCAUCAGAAGGGCACAGUCUGAAGUCCUUCAAGUCAUCACUGCCAUGUUGUAGAGAUCUUUUACACAUCUGAAAGUAAAAAAAUAUAUAUAUAUAUAUAUAUAUAGGUAUAUAUAUUGCCAUAAAUAUUUGUGUACAUUGUAGAAGCUCAUAGAAGAACACUUUCUUUGUGUGAUCUAUGUUGUACUAAAAUGCUCGUAUGAGUAAAAGACAAAGUAUUAUGUAUAUUUUUCACUAGCCGAGUAUCGUUGUGCCACGAAAUUCAUCUGAUAUGGGUGCAGCUGUACUAUUACAUUUGCUGGAGGCCUUUACACAACAAUAAAUUUCCUUGAAUGUUAUCAUAGUACGUCAACAUUUGAACAAUCUUCAUGGUUACUCUGCAAAACAAGUUUUCCAGAUGUGCAUUAGAUUAGAUGUAGCCACCUUUGUUGUGUGAGCUGUUCGUGCUAAAUUCAGCUGCCAUGAAAUACAGAAUACUGGUUGAUCUGAAGUCUUAAAUGAAUUUCUAUACAUCAGCAAUAAUUUGGGCAAAUAUCUUGUCUAAUGUGGCCUAAAUGAGCUUUCACUCAUGAUGGUGAUCUUUGGCCAUAUCUGGCCCUUUCACCAAUAAAAGCUACACAUCAAUCAAGCUUUCAUUCAUAAGCCAGCAUGCCAUGCAAGCUGAGAGGAGCAGAAUGAAUAACAUGUUGAGCUACUAGUUAAAGUUACAUGUAAACACAGUGCCUCUCAUUAGUUCAUCGUCAUAUCCUCUGGAACAUUGCACAAACACCAAGCUUCAAGCAUGGCUCGCAGUCGUCUCAUGUAAGCUGUCUUUUUUGUUAUGUUUUGUUCAGCAUGUAAUGAAGGAUUCACUUAAGCUUACAUUUAACCCCUUGAUGUGCGUAAUAGUGCCUGAAUGUUGGGAGAUGUGAAAAGAACAAAUGAGUGUGCAUCUUUGUAGGAGCUGCUGGUGUCAUCAAUAGUAUUUUGUAUAAGUGAUUCUUGGUGGUUUGCUGACAUGAACGUUUAAGGCACAUGAAGGAAACAGAUUUCUUCAAGCUCUGCUAAUUGUUGAAACAUUGUGAACUACGCACUGGCAUUACAGAUGUUAGUUUUAAGUUUGUUUGCCACUUUAGUGGGAAGAAUCUGGAGAGGAGCUUGUACACACUUGAUGAUGGUUUUGAAAAACGCACCACUGGGGUCUUUUUGUAACCCUUUUAUUAUGAAUAUGUAUCUUUUAAAUGUUGCUUGUUGCCUAAAGUCUUAUUUAGGGAAUUUUUGUCGCGCUUUUACUGCAGAUGCAUGUUGGCAGGUCUUAAAAAGUCAUUUGCUAUUUUCUAUGUACUGUAAAUGGCUUUUAGAUGGUUUUAAUGGAGAAAUGUUUUUACCUACAUAAGAUGUGACAGGAGGAAAUUUUACUUUUGUUGUGCUUUUUGAAGUCACUGUUGUUUCAGAGUGGUAAGACCAAGCAGCAUUUUUACAAUAAACAUUUGUAUAAAAAUUA